AUGCCAGAAAAGGAUGCAGCCCCUGGAGAGGAAAAAGACUCGUCGAAAGAAGGAGGGUCGAAGAAACUGAGACAAUGGAAUUCGCCCUUGUUGUCCGUGGUUCCGUCACGACAACACCAAGAAAAAAAGGAAGUUUCUGCCGUGACGAUUCCAUUGCCUGGUUGGUAUGGGCUAUGCUUCUGGAAUAAUAAUGAUACGAGAGACUCUGAGGACAAUUGUCAAGAAGAAAUAAGUGACAAAGAACGGAACAAACGUCGCGAAGCCAAGGCAGGAAUCGUCAUGAAGAACAACAAUGAAACUCAGCCAGGUAAUAGCCUUCCCGAGUUUCACCUGUGCAUUACGCAGCCACAGGAAUCACAAGAGACUAUCACUACCAAAUCUAAACUAGACAUGCUCAUGGAUCGAUCCAACAAUGACCUGGCGUCUGGUAUUGGCAAACUCUACUACUUGCCGGCUGCAGCAUCAAUCUCCAUUCAAACGGACGCAACUGAUGGCACUACUAGCAGCAACAAGGAUCAAAGUCAUGAGAAUCCAAACACAACACAACAUCAUUCUCUCCAAUGGUGUUUGCUCUAUCGAAACUGGAUCUCGGAAUCCAUCCCACAUCAUUCCGAUGAUAAUAAUACUCCAGGGGCCACUACAACUUACGAUUGUCCCUCUUCGGUCCAGAAACAAAUCAUUUGUGCCACAUGUGCCAAACGAUUUGGAUCGGUCCGACCGGCAUUGAACCAUCGCAAACACAAACAUCUGCCAACGACAACAAACACCAAAUCCACCACCACCAACAAUCAUAGUAAACCCAAAAAGCAUCCACCACAACUUCCACGAACCCAAGUUGAUUUGCAACAACCACUCAAAAUCAUUUACCAAGAUGCCUACAUGGCGGUCAUUGACAAACCACAGGGACUCGCCGUCAUGGGAGACAAUGCGGGAAAGAGUCUUUUGCGCUCGGAUCUGCUCCUGGCACUCUCUUCCGUGGAAUCUCCGUGGACGACGUGCGGAAAAACAACGCCGACGACACAACCACAACAAGCCUCAAAUCAUCAAUUCUUGACCAAACCCGUGCCGGUCCAUCGUCUCGAUGCCGCCACGGGAGGGCUCUUGGUGAUUGCCAAAUCCAAAGAGGCCGAACGCUCUUUAAAGGCGUGUUUGGCCAAUCGGCACUGUCACAAGAAAUACCGGGCCGUUGUACGAGGCAAACUCGAGCCCCUGGAAGGGGUCAUUGAGGAACCUUUGUCCCAACAAGACGCUCGAACACGGUAUAAAGUUGUGCAGCACUACCAUCCGACCCUCUGGAGUAGCAGUGGUUGGAUAACCGUGGUGGAUUUGUUUCCUGAAACGGGACGACGACAUCAAUUACGCAAGCAUAUGAAAUGGUUGGGGCAUUCCAUUCUGGGGGAUCAUCGAUAUGGGGGAAUGAUCAUUCCUCGAAUGGAUCAUCAUCAAGACGCCGAGGAGGAACCAAAGCUUGUGCUGCCAUCCGAAACAAGCCAAACGGAUCCAGAGACGACGGAUGAUCAAUCAUCCGGCAUCCAACACCUGAUGAGUCGCUUGUGUUUGUGGGCUGUGGAACUGACGUUGCCCCAUCCAGUGACGGAAGAGGAGAUGCACUUUGCCCUCGAUGGGGAACCGGCUUGGUUGCUGGAGGUUGUCCAGAAGGCAGUGAAAAAGUAG